AUGACGACCGCUUUUCUAGCACAUCUGUUGGCAUGGGCAUGCCUGGCAUGGUACGCGACCAUCUGGUCCAUAUGCCUGCUCGGCCUCUCCAUUGCGUGGACGUACUACAUGCCGCCGGUGCCCCCUUCACCCUUGUCACAUGCGCACGAAGGCUCGCCAGAUCCCGAGGUGCCCGGCUUGACGAUCAUACGCCCUCUCUCAGGGCUGGACUACAACCUCUUCGCGAAUCUCUGCUCAGCAUUCGAGCUGCAAUAUCCCAAGGACAAGCUCGAGAUCCUCAUGAGCGUCAAGCACGAGAGCGAUCAGGCGCUCCGAGUCGCUAGGGAGGUCAAGGAACGGUAUCCGGGCGUCAAGAGCGGGAUUAUUGUUGGCGACGAAGACGCAGGAGUGAAUCCGAAGAUCAACAAUCUGGUGCGGCCGUUUGCGCAGGCUACCUUUGACCUCAUCUGGGUGCUCGACAGUCAAGUCUGGCUGCCGCCAGGCGCAGCAGGCCGAGCUGUGCAGACCUUCCUGCUUCCCCCGCCGCCGCGUUUCCUCCGUCGGCGACCGCAUGGCGCGCGCAUCGGCCUCGUUCAUCACGUCCCGCUGGGUGUGAACGCGAUGAGCGCGUGGGGGAGCCAGAUCGAGCGCGUCUUCCUCUCCACCACGCACGCUAAGAUGUACCUCGCCAUCAACGCACUCGCCAUCGACAGCUGCGUCAUGGGUAAGAGCAACAUUUACCGCAAAUCCGACCUGGGCCAGGUGCCCGAUGACUUCUUUGGCGUCGACGCGUCUGGCAGCCGCGGCGAAGCUGGCGCCAUCGGCAGCCGCGCGUUCAGCGCCCCGCGCCCGAAGGCGACACAUCCUACGCAGCACGAUGGGGUUACAUCCGUCAUCAAGACCACUGCGCGCCCGCUUGCGCGCUUUGGCAUAUACCUCGCCGAGGACAACAUGCUCGCGCUCUCGCUCUGGCGCGCGCCGCUGCACCUCGCGCACGCCAUCGCGCAGGGCGACGUUGCGCACACCACUGUCGGCGACAUCGCGACGUUGCAGGCGUACGCCGAGCGCCGCAUGCGCUGGAUACGCGUCCGCAAACACAUGGUCGCUGCUGCCACGUACGCCGAGCCAUUCACGGAGAGCAUCAUCGCCGGCAUGCUGGGCCUGUAUGCUUUUCGUUAUUUCGCGCUUCCAUCGCUAUUAACUAUAGAAAUAGAAAGGGGAGGCUACUCUGCGUGGAUCAGCAGAGGGUGUACCCUCGUGUUCCUCGCGUCCCAUUUCAGCCUCUGGCACCUCGUCGACCGCGGCGUCCUAUUCGCGCUGUCGGGAGGCAAUCCGCUGCCAAAGGAUGAGCAGCUCCUAUUCACCGCCGCAUGGGUCCUGCGUGAGCUCUUAGCCCUGCCCAUCUGGCUGUGGGCCAUAUUAGGAUCGACAGGUAAGCCAAAGUGUUUGCCUCCUUGCAUGGAGUCAACAUGACGCUUACCACCUCUUCAUGGGCCGCAGUCAAUUGGCGAGGCCAGCAAUACAGGAUCCUCUCUUCGGGCAGAGCCGCAGAGCUCCGUGUGCGACCACGAUGGC